GUUCCUAUGGGGACCAGGCUGAAGAGGGGGUGGAGUCUGUUCCUAUGGGGACCAGGCUGAAGAGGGGGUGGAGUCUGUUCCUAUGGGGACCAGGCUGAAGAGGGGGUGGAGUCUGUUCCUAUGGGGACCAGGCUGAAAGCGAAAGCCUUCGGAAAGAGAGACAGCAGCUCGACCAGUCGUUCCAACACCGUGAAUGUCCAUCUCCGCUCUCCUCGGUUUAUCGUUCUCUCCGCUCUAAAUUCCUUAUUUUGCAAAACUGUGCAUCCAAACGAGACCUGGAAAUCUCAAGUCAAGGGCCAUCCCAUACUGCGUUUCUUGGACCAAAACAAGUGUAAAUCUGCUGGACCUGGUCGACUGCUCUGCGACUACUACCACUCCCAGUCAGUCCUCGGACAUCACCAUGGACAAGUAUGAGAAGAUGGGGAAGAUCGGAGAGGGGUCCUACGGCGUCGUGUUCAAGUGCAGGAACAGGGACACGGGACAGAUCGUUGCCAUCAAGAAGUUCGUGGAGUCUGAAGACGAUCCAGUCAUUAAGAGGAUCGCUCUGAGAGAGAUUAGGAUGCUGAAGCAACUAAAGCACUCCAACCUGGUGAACCUGAUUGAGGUGUUCAGGCGUAAACGUAAACUACACCUGGUGUUUGAGUACUGUGAUCACACCGUCCUCAACGAGCUGGACCGAUACCCCAGAGGUGUUCCAGAACAUCUGGUAAAGAGCAUCACCUGGCAGACACUCCAGGCUGUCAACUUCUGUCAUAAACAGAACUGCAUCCACAGAGACGUGAAGCCCGAGAAUAUCCUCAUCACUAAACAGCAGGUCAUUAAGCUCUGUGACUUCGGAUUCGCCAGGAUCCUCACCGGUCCAUGUGACUACUACACAGACUAUGUGGCAACUCGAUGGUACCGGGCCCCUGAGCUGCUAGUGGGUGAUACUCAGUAUGGGGCCCCUGUUGAUGUCUGGGCGCUGGGCUGUGUCUUCUCUGAGCUGCUCUCUGGCAUCCCCCUCUGGCCCGGCAAGUCAGAUAUGGACCAGCUCUACCUCAUCAGGAAGACACUGGGAGACCUGAUCCCUCGCCACCAGCAGGUAUUCAGUAAGAACCAGUUCUUCAGUGGAGUGUGCAUCCCAGAGCCUCAGGAAAUGGAAACUCUGGAACUGAAAUACCCCAACCUGUCAUAUCAAGCACUGAGUCUGAUGAAGGGCUGCCUGCGUAUGGACCCGUCGGAGCGGCUGACCUGUGAGCAGCUUCUGGAGCACCCGUACUUCGACAGCCAACGGGAGGAGAGCGAGAGCACCGGCCGGGAACAUGACCGCUCCACCAAGAAGAGGUCACGCCUCCUGCCCCGCAAACACCUCCCACCUGGGAUCUGUAAGGUGGAACUUGGAAGCAAUAUGGUGGAAGCUCCAUGCAAAUUGGGACCAGCUGUCAGAGAUGGCAAAAUGCUGUACAAACAAUUGAAGUAUUUGCCUCAGCUUACCAGCAGCAGUAUCUUCCCAGCUCUGGACAACAAGAAGUACUAUACCAACCUGAGGAAAUUUAACUACCACUUCCCUAACAUCUAAAUCCACCAUUUUGGAUCAGAAAUUCAACUUACCACUUCCCUAACAUCUAAAUCCACCAUUUUGGAUCAGAAAUUCAACUUACCACUUCCCUAACAUCUAAAUCCACCAUUUUGGAUCAGAAAUUCAACUUACCACUUCCCUAACAUCUAAAUCCACCAUUUUGGAUCAGAAAUUCAACUUACCACUUCCCUAACAUCUAAAUCCACCAUUUUGGAUCAGAAAUUCAACUUACCACUUCCCUAACAUCUAAAUCCACCAUUUUGGAUUUGAAUGGUCCAUUCAUCAACAUACACCGUGUUCACUGUGCUAGUUAGAACUAGGAAACUGACAUUUCCGACUUGCUAACUGGUUGUAGUUAUACAACGAAUCAGCAAGUGGGACAUUUCUGAGUUUCCUAGUUCCGACUAGCAUGUGAACACGGCGAUAUUCUGGUCAGCUCAGGAAGUGAAUCACAGGGAGAAGUCCUUGCGUCUUGUGAUGUCAUUCUAUGCACUAUGUCACCUUUUUUUUUUUUCUACUGAAAGACAAUUUUAUUAUGUGGUGUUGCCUCUAUUGAAGGUGUAUUUUGUAUAUCUAUAUAAUGACAAGGAGCAGCCUAGUGCUCAGCUGGUAGAUUGAGGUUGUCUUCCAGGCAGACUACGUUGCAUGUUGUCCCGUCAUCGACUGUGCCGGUCGGGCACCAGAUUGCUAUAACAUAUGUGGUUGAUCUGAUAUGUAAAAUACCUAUCCAGAUAUUGUGCGAUGUAGUCAACCUGGGAACACAGCCAGAUACUUGUGUGGAACAGAGGGAGCACCAUAGCCUACUGCCUGCCAAAUGUUAUUUGUGUUUUUUUAAAUAAUGAGCGAGACAGUUGACAUUUUUUGGUAGUGAAUUGAUUUGCAUUUUGUUAAAAUAUUGUCUCAGUAGGUUUGAGUCAUUUGUAAAGAGAAGCCAGAAGGAAGGUGAAAGGUCAGCUCGGCUUUAUUUUAUUGGACAGAAAUUGUUAAUAAGCAAUAUGACAGUGGAUUAAAUACAGUAAGGGUUCUAUUCAGGCUAGAUCUCUGAACAAAAAUAUACAUGUAAAGUGUUGGUCCCAUGUUUCAUGAGCUGAAAUAAAAGAUCCCAGAAAUG